UAUAUGUAUAUAUAUUUCUUACAUUCAUCUUUUAUGUUGCUUCAUAUGCAGAGGAAUAAUAAGGUAUGCAAGAUGUCGCACAUCUAGGUUGUGCCAGAAGCCGGAGGGAUGAUCUAGAGUCGUCUGAUGUAUACAUUAAUAUUUCUGAUGCUGGGAACUUGGGAAGGUUGUCAUGGCAAGAGUAUCAGGUGAGUUUUCUAUCGCUGUAUUCACAACCUAAACUCCUUUAAGUUUCUCCUCGAUGAUAUAUGAUCAUUAUAUGAAUGGUUAUAACAAUAGCUUGCUUGGGUUUACACCACAAAUGGGACACAAUUCGGAGACGAGUGUUUUCAGUCAAAUAUAAACCGUCAUGUAUAGAUACUACGCUAAGUUUAAUCACCUUCCAUCAUUUACCAUAUUUGGCGUUUGGUGGUCUUUUUAGCACCCUUUAGCCCAAAUCUACUAUGCCUAGAUACUAAAGCAAGCAAGAUAUCCAAAUUUAUCGAUGUGUGUUUCCUAUGUUGUUUGACUACAUCCAUUUGAUAGAUUUUUUUUGGCUGACUACUCAUUGGCCACAUGUAAAGAACAUGCGGGGAGUGUACUUUCGAUAUACGUAACUCUGCUGACACAAGGUAAUAUUUCUCUACGUUAAUCAAUACAAUUUUUUGUUUUUACCUUCUUAUCAUCUGACCUCCAUUUUUAACAUUUUCAGAAAUUAACAUUCACGUUUCUACAAUUGUAUCUAAGUAACUUUGGUUUGGUUCCAUUUUCCUUAGUUUUGGUUUGCUCAUAUUGGAUUAAAAAUAUUCAAUGAAUACUGACUUUAAUUAUUAUUACAAUAUAUUAUUAUAAAUUACAUACUUUUAAAAGGAUAACAUUUAUUCAUUUUGUUUUGGUUGAACUAAAGCUGAUUUGGUCUGUUUAGUAUUUGUCUAUCCUUUUUUCUUUUAAAUAUUGUUUACUUUUGUAUUUAUCGAAUAGGUUAUUUUUGGUUUAUAUACCUUUUUAUAGUAAUUUUUGGUUUAUACUUUAUAUACAUGUCACUUUGUUGUACUCCACUGCGUUCCAAUAUUGAUAGUAUGAAAUCUUUAAUCCAAUUGUUUUCUCAGGAUGAUAAAAUCUUUUGCAGAUGAUAAAAUCUUCUGCGGCUUAGGAAUGCGAAAUAAUAUUGGGCACAACAAGGUCAACGUGGAAAAGAGAUGUUCGAACCAUUGAAAUUUGGAAAUUUUUUACUUUCUUACAAACAGGAAGCAACAUUUAGGGCUUAGACAAAGGCUUCAUGUAAUUUUGGAAGCAGUGGUAAGAAAGAGAACAAUAUGUUAUUUCAUUAUAUUUUUGUAUAGUGUCAAGUUGAAGCUUGUGCUAACCAAUCUGUGAAAUUAUUAUAGUAAGUAAUCUAUGAAAUUACAAUAUAUAACCUCUUAACUCAAUUUGAUCUACAUGAAGUAGAAUAAAAAGUAACACUACAUUAAUCUACAUGAGAGUUAUGGAGUUCAAGAUAGACAGAAAAAAAAACAACUUCAAUCUACUUUUCUCAUAUUUUUUCUUAGUCGUGAUAUUAGUUUUUCAUAAAAUAUCAUAAUAGUUUACGAUUAAUUUUUGUGUUUUGACCAAAUCUACAUUAUCUAUGUAUUUGAAUAUUAUGGAAAUUAUGAUUUUUUUAUAAAUUUAAUAAAAUUAAAAAAAAUUCUCCUAAUUGUAAAAACUGUCAAAUCACAUUAAUUAAUUUUUGUUAUAUUCAUUUUUAUUCACUUAAUUUUUAGAUGUAUAGUGAAUUUUUUUUCAAAAGAUAAAGAAUCAGAAAUCAAAUAAAUUAGUGAGUAUUAUAUAUGACUAAAGAAAAAAAGGAAUCAACUAAUUUUAAAAACUACAGAAAAUUAAAUAAAAUUCAUCUAUCAGUUGUCCCAGACGAAUUUUUGCAGGUUUUAACAGAUUUUUAAAUAACAGGUUUUAGAAAAAGAAAAAAUUGGAUUGCAUAUCCAAUAACCAAAUUAUUGGUUCUAUCACGGAUACACGUCAAAUUUAAAGUCACUGAAAUAAAACACCCACUUUACCCAAUUUAAAGUCACUUAAAUUAAAAUCUAAGUUUCCUUAAAAUUUAAAUGCUGUAAUCUUAAGUGAAUAUAUAAAUUUACAAAUUUUAAAGUUUAACAACAAUUUCAUGACAUAUAAAAGUUUCUGACUUAUAAACCUAUGUUAAACGGGGCAGUUUUUUUUUUAGGUCUGAGGCUACAAGGAAUUUAAUUAUAGGACUUAUUUGUGAAAUAACCAAAAAAGAGAAAAUUAGAUUUUUAGAGAGGGAAGAGAGAGAUAGGAAGAGAAUGGAGGAGAGAGGGUAAGAUUUUGGUUAGAUAGUGAAUUAUAGUUUUUUUGGUGUUAUUAAACCCAAUUUCCCUUAGUUAUAUAUAUACACUCAAGUAGUCAAGUUGGUUAACUUUAUAAAAACAUUUCUAUGAGUUUUUAGUAAGAGUUAAUAUUGGCUUAUAUACUAAUAGUUUUUGUUUACAAAAUUUUAAUUUUCUUAAACCUAUUAGAUUUAGUAAAUAACACUGAAAUAUUAUAAUGUAAUCAAACCUAAAAUAUUAUGAGCAAAUAUUGCAUCAUGGACAAAAACGAGCCUUUAUCAAUAACAAAAUUAUGAAUAGUCUGCUAAAUUUUUACAUUUCUCAGACAUUUAUCUCAAACACAACCUUAAAAGUCUUUUUCCUCUUCUUUACUCUCACUGAAUACAAAUAACUAAAACAAAUUACAAACUGAUAAAACUAUUCACUUUUACAAAACGAAAUUGGAAGCGAAACAAAAUACUUAGCGAAUCUCUCAAAUGGUUCCUAACUUUAAUAAAGAACUCAGACAUGUGAACAUAGCCUUGGAUGUUAUAACUUUUGCAUUAUCUCAAGAUAGAGAAAAAAUAAUUGUUUACCUAGAACAUCCAUCGAACACUAUCAUAGGCAAAAACCCGGGCGUAGCCCGGGAAAAAACUCUAGUACAUAUAAAAUGCCCUUUUGCAUUGCCAUCGUCCAUAAUAGUGGAAUAUAAUCUGAACAAGUGAAACCUUCUUAAUCAUGCUUAUGUGUAUUCCUAUAUCAGAAGCUAUCUUCCCAUCAUAAUCUACUUCUUGAUAAAGCUUACUUUGAAUCACUGAUUCAUUCAGAUCAUAGUUCAUUAUUAUCAUAUUGGAGAUGAACAAUGAUCUGAAAGUGAUCACCCAAAAUAAAGAAACAAAAGACCACCAAUAAAGAAAUCAAAGAUCAAUCAAUUUAGUGGGAUUCUCUUUCCCUAAAAGCAGCAUUGCCUUUUUUUUUUUACAUCAGAGGGAUAAGAAGAUUGAAUAAUAAUGAAAAUACUGAACUAUGCGUUUGAAACAUAUAUAGAAAAGCUGUUGAGACUUGAGAGAACAGAGAGCCAAAGACAUUGUUCAAGUGGCUCCAAAGAAGUUGAAGACAUUGUUCAAGUGGCUCUUCUCUGCACACAAGGCUCACCAGAAGAUAGACCAUGGCUCUGAUUGGUAAACAUUGAAUAAUCUCGGAAUCGUGGAAAAAAAUAGUCAAAAAUCAAAAUAUGGAAUUAAAUUAGCUGCGGAAAAAAUUAAAAUUUACUAAACUGAUUAAAAUACUUUAUUAUAUAAUCUAAUAAUAUGAAAGUGUUGAAUUUGUCAAUAAUCAACUAAAACUUAUUUUUCCACUUAAUGAAGUUUUUCUUCGUAUUUUUUGUCUGUUACAUUUUUGCGUUUUCUUCAUUCCGCAACAUUUUUGCGAUUGAUAAAAUACUUGUGUAAUCGCAUCUAAAAGCGAUUUCGCUAUUCCGCAAGGUUACCGAUAAGAGCUUAUGUGUUUUUUAUAUAUAUCAAUUGGUUAUUGUGGUUUGAUAAUGUCAUAAUGAUAAUUUGUUAUAUAGGCAGUGCAUUACAGUUUACUUGGUUUUUUAGAGUUAACAAAUUUUCGACCGGUUAAGAGAAAAACCGGGAAGAACCAAAGUCGAUGCAGAGUCGUUACUGCCGUACCAACGGUUUAUUUAUUUGCAAACGGUUAUUUUUCCGUUACUCCAAUCUGAUGCAUCUCUCUUCUUCUUCUUCCCUCUUUCUUUCUUGGUUCUUUCUUAAUAAGUUUUUGAUGGAUCCUUUCAACUUUGAGACCGAUCUUCAGUCACUGAGAAGACUAUACGGUCUUCUCCACUCAAAUACAAACAAUGAAUCCAUACCACAAGCCUUUCUGUUAGAUGAGAACACUCAGUUUCUACUAAAGCGUUUGCUUGAUUCUGCGACCAAUGAGCUUUUGACUAGACAAACCAAGAUACUUGCACAAGUACAGUUAGGUUUGCCAACACCGAGUAGAAACUCAGUCUCAAGGGGUGUCAUUAAAUUGCCUAGUAAGGUUGGUUUAACAGAGGAAGUCGUUGAUUCAAUCGAACGUAUCGAAACACAACUUUCUGCUUUUCGUUUUUGCUCUAGUCGUGGUGAUAGAACAAAGACGUGCAAGUCACGCAACAUGCAAGAACACUCAUCUUCUGUAAUACCUUUUCAACGGUUAAGCGAGAAAGCAUUGAUGGCACGAAGACAAAGCUAUCAAGCUUCUGUGUCUGGUUUGAGGAGUACAAGAACCUCGAAUUUAGCACCUAGACUUCGAAGUGUGAAUAAUAAUGGUGAUGAUCGAACUUUGAAUCUUGAGUCACAAGGAAGCAGUUCUCUUGAUGAUCAAGUUGUUUUGGUCAGGUCACGUCCGCCGUUACCUCAUCGUCCUAAGCCAAGAGAGAGUAACAGAAUGAAACCAACUUUGUUGGAUCAAGAAACCGAGACAUGGGAUGAAGAGAGUGGUAACACACGGUCUGGAACAAGCUUACAAGUUUCUACGACAGAUCAAGAAUCAGAAGAGGAGUCUAGAGAAACAGGUUCAACCACUGGGUCAAGCUGGCAAACUCAUGGUGAGAGCGUCACCGAGUCAGAAGACUCAUCGUAUAAAUCAUCAGGGAGUGAUGAUAACUCUCAAGAAAGUGACUCUCCUCCACACAAAAGGAGAGACAGCUCAAAGGAGACUCUCCUCCCUCACAAAAAGUCUAAAGGGAGGCUUAAAAGAUUCAAGGAGAAGUUAGGUAAAGUGUUUCACCAUCACCACUACCACCACCACCACCAUGAGAGUAAAGAGCAAGGCCACAAGCCAUCAGCAUGGAAGCAUUUAGUGAAGAAACAUCUUCAGAAAAACAAAGAGAAGUUAGUCGAGAGGAGGGUGAAGUCAGAAUCUAAAGGUUUGGUGACUAAACAUAAGAACAAAGGUGGACAGUUUCAUGCGUUAGUGGAAGGGUUGAUGAGACAUCGUAGAAGACACUCGAAGAUGAAAAAGCAGAGCCAUGGCAGGAAGAAGAUGAAGUGGUGGCAAACACGUAGACGUCAAGGUGGUGUCAAGUUUCCUAAGGGAAAGAGGCUUAAGUUAGGAAAGACAAAUUAUUUGUGUAAUAAGGAUCAAGAACAUGAUGAAAACUAAGCAAAAAGAAAAGACCUAUAAACCCCAACCAAGCUGCAUUGGUUUAAAUAGUAAAAGAAUUCAGGUUGGAACAUCCAUCACCUAGAUUCGAUUUGUCUUACCAAACCGCAGUUUUUUUGGAUUUUCAGGGUUAUUAAAAUAACUUUUUUUCUAUUUUUACUGUUUAAGAAAAACAAAUUAUAGUAAAUUUUGUUUUUAUUCUAAAAUUUCAUUAUUUAGAGGAAAAUUGAAUAAAUCAACUAUGUUUAUUAUCAUGCUUUUUUCAUAAAUAAGCUUCUUUUACGUCCAUACCAAAAUUACAGAGAAUUAUAAUUUCAAUUCAGAGAAUAAAAAACGAGAAAAAAUAACAGCCAAAAAGAGACAUAUCAUCUUAUUUUCUAUUAUCCAGAUAGUACUUUCUUAUAUAUUGAGAUUUUUUGUUUUAACUUGUGGAUAUCUCCAAUUUAUGGAAGAGUAUAUACACUAUGUCUUUCGGCUUUUGAGCAAAAUAAAAAGUUCAAUGCUUAACUUUCCCUAUAGUAAUAAUUUU